GACAGUGACGUUUCAAGUUAACCUCAAUGAUAUGGCACCGUUAAUCGCUUUGUUUUGAAAAUUAAUAAAAAGUAUUGCUGUAUUAUUACCUAUUCUGUUAUUAUCAAUAAAAUAAAAUUAGCGGUUAGAUAACGUUUAUCUUAAUUUUUUUCUUUAUGUGCAAAAAAUGAUAACGUUGGCUGUGUAAAGAACAAUCUACUGAUUACAACUUACCCUUCUUAUUGAGUUUAGACAAGAUUAUCACCAAAAAGAGUGCAUAAUUCAGGACAGGAACCUAUUUAAAAUGUCUAACAAAUACAGUGACACGGAAAUUAUAAUACGUCGCGCCGUAAAGGACGAUAUGCUAGCAGUCACCGAAAUGAUACAAGAGCUCGCUGACUUUGAGAAAAUGUCUGAAGGCCCUAAAAUAACAGUUAAAGAUCUGCAACGCGAUGGUUUCGAGUGUAGCCCACCUGCAUUCAGGUGCCUAGUAGCAGAACUUAAGAAGGGAACAGGUACAAUAAUAGCUGGGUAUGCUAUCUACUUCCCUAUCUACUCCACUUGGGAGGGUCGCUCCAUGUUGCUAGAGGACCUGUACGUGAGGACGAGCGAGAGGCGACGCGGGCUUGGCGAUAAACUAUUCGAUGCUGUUGCUAAUGAAGCACAUUCUGAAGGUUGCUGCAGAGUGGAUUUCCAUGUUUUGGAAUGGAAUAAUGCAAGAUCAUUUUAUGAAAGCAAAGGUGCAGUCAACUUGACAGGCUGGGAGCAGUGGUGCCUCUACCGCCUCACAGGCCAAGCAUUAGAGAACGCUGCACGAAACGCUAGCGAGAAAUAAAACCAGACAAAUAAGUGCAUUAAUAAGUUUAAUGUAAUAUUGUACAUUUCUCUUCACAACUAAGAGAUCCAUUUUAUAUGUUGUUAUCAAAAGAUUUAAAUAAAGUGUUUGGGAAAUGCA